AUAUUGUCGUCUUCACUUUCGUAAUCUGCUGCACCGAACAAGUCUAGCCCUGACGGCUGGUGUACCCGAUUUAACCCACGUGCUCGUGAUCUCACCGGACGCCAAAAUCUCUGCGUUACAGCCUCACCUUUGUAGCCCUUUGCCCUUUGGAAAGAAAAUCUUCUCAAGUCUCAACCAAAGCCAAACUCUUUUUAUCUCUCCUACUAAUCCCCCCACAUGUUCUCUUCCUCCACACGGAUUCCUGACCGUUAAUGCUUUAAUCAAAUACUUUCCCAUAUUUUCCCUCAUUUUUCUUUCUGGGUUUCCUUCUUUGGUGGAGUUUUCUCAUCUGGGUGUCUCUUGAAAUGGGCAAAAAUCAAGCUUACAAAGCUAUGCAGAGAGCCAGGCUGGGCUCCAGCUCUGCUGCGGCUGAGGAGAUUGAAGACGGCAUGGUGGAUGGUUCAUUUCAUUCGCCAGAGUGGCAUGCUGCUCGUUUGGCCAGUCUUAAAACUUCUCACACUAUCACCUGGGAAGAGUUUAAAAAGAAGCAAAAGGAAGACGAAAUGAAAAAGGGGGAAGUGGAAGCAGAUAAAGAUAGAAUGAUGAGAGAAUACAGAGCUCAACUGGAUGCUGAAAGGGCACGCAAACUUGCCCAAGGAAAAACCAACUCCAGUAGUAAAUAUAAUCACAAAAAAGAUAAGGACAAAGAAUUAAAGAAACGAAGCAGCAGAAAGAGAAAGCAUUCAAGGAGGAGGAGAUCUUCUGGCUCUAGCUCCUCAAGUUCAUCCUCCGAUUCUUCCAGUAGUGAUGAAGAGGAGAGAGAAUCAAGUAGAUCUAAAUCAAGUAGAUCUAGGUCCAAGAGAACAAAGAAAGAAAAGAAGCACAAGUCAAGAACCAAGCACUCUUGCAGUGACGACGAAGAGGCUGAUGGUCCCAUGCCACUUUCUAGAUUCUUUGACAGUGUGAAGAGCUAACAGCAUUGUUGAAGAUGCUGCUUUGUACUCAUCAAAGUUAUGUCUCUAAUAUAGGAUAUGAAUUCGUUCUUUCAUAAUUAGCUGCUAGCAAAUAUGGAUUGGAUUGCUUCUUCCUUCUGGAUUGGUGAGCUCUCUGAUAAUAUUGAGUUUCUGAUACUAGCUCGUUAGAAUUCAUCCUGUUAGGUAAUCGAACUUUAUUACAUACUUUCAUGUGAGAAUUCUAUAUAACGUUGAGCAG